GUAACAUUGGCCUGGUCGGUGUACUAUUUUGAAAUCUUUCCCCCGGAUGUCGCACCCUCCAACAGAGACGCUUGACGACACGCGCAGACCUCCAGGCAGACGCGGCGGCGACAAUCACGGACUCAGAACGCGCGGCACGGCCACGGACGUCUGUGAAGUCAGUGUCCCGCUGUUUGCCUGAACGUAGCUAACCCCGCCCGCUCUCUCGGACAUAACCGAUACACGGACACGCGCAGCGGAGAGGCGGAAAAUUAUGGCGACGUUGGGACCGGAGUCGGCUCGCCCCCCUCUGGGUUCUUCUCCGUUAGUCCAGGCUCACAUCGGCAGCGCCAACCUGCCUCCCAACCGGGGCUUGGAGCGGGCGCUGGAGGAGGCGGCGGCCAGCGGCGUCCUCAACCUCAGCUGCCGAAAACUAAAGGAGUUUCCCCGGACAGCAGCCAACCACGACCUGUCGGACACGGUGGAAGCAGACCUAUCAAAAAACCGACUAACCGACGUCCCCUCAGAGGUAUGCCAUCUGGUUGCCUUGGAAACACUAAACUUGUACCACAACUGCAUCAGGUCCAUCCCAGACAGCAUCAUCAGCCUGCAGUCGCUCACCUCCUUAAACCUCAGUCGUAACCAGCUGGGCUCCCUGCCGGCCUGCCUGUGCGGUUUACCUCUGAGAGUCCUCAACGCCAGCAACAACAAGCUGGUCAGCCUGCCCGAGACCAUUGGACAACUGCAGAGCCUCAUGGAGCUGGACAUCAGCUGCAACGAGAUCACAGCUCUUCCUCGUCACAUCGGCAGACUCAAAGCUCUGCGCGAGCUAAACGUGCGCCGAAACCUUCUCUGUGUCCUGCCAGAAGACCUGGCUGAUCUUCCCCUGGUGAAGUUUGAUUUCUCCUGUAACAAAGUGUCCACCAUCCCAGUGUGUUACAGGAAGAUGAAACAGCUCCAGUCUCUCCAGUUAGAAAACAAUCCACUGCAGAGUCCACCCGCACAGAUCUGUAUAAAGGGCAAAGUUCACAUAUUCAAGUAUCUGAGCAUUGAGGCGUGUCGCAGCGAGAAGAUGCCUGACUCUCUCUACCUGCCUGUCAUGGGGCGAAUCAACUUAUCAAGGCCCACCACUGGCAGUGUGGAAGACAUGGAGCAGCAGAAGAAGCAGGACAGUGACUCAGGAGUCGGCAGCGACAACGGAGACAAGAGACUGUCUGCUACUGAGCCGUCAGAUGAAGACAGUCUGAGCCUUAAUGUGCCGAUGAGUCACAUCACAGAGGAGGGAAUCGGCAAAGACGACUCGAGUGAACACAUCAGCUCUCUGACAGCAGACCCAAACUCUGACUCGGUGCAACUGAUUGAGGAGAGCCCUACGGAAGCCCUGAGAGACCAGAACAGAGACUCUUCUCUCAGCACUCGCUUCAUCAACUACAUCAAGGGUAGGACGGCAGCAGACUUCGACGAGCCCCUCAGGAUAGAAGAAGACUCUCACUGGUCAACAGAACAAACGUCAAAAGUCACAGGGGGCACAGAGCUCCACAUUGACAUGAUCAACCAGCUAAAAGAGGCUGUGGAACUGCUGCAGGACCCCAGCAGGGUGAACACAGAGGAAGAUUUGUCUGGAGUCCAGCUCUAUCCAGUGGAGAUGGUCACAGUGGACGAGUCACUCAAUGGGCAGGACAGUGAUGACGGCGCCACAACACCAAAGCAGCACAUGGAUGAAGGUGGCUGUGAGUUCCAGAGGAAGAGACAGAUGAUUCUAGAAAAGGCCAGGUUUGAAGCCCAGCUUGCGUGCCGGGAGUAUGAGUGGCAUAUGUCGAUCAAGCGAAAUGACAGAUCUCCAGUGAGCGGACCUCCAUCCUUCUCCAGCCCACCCUUUGGACUGAAACCUCGUUCGGCUCCACCCUCGCUGCCCUGCUCGCCCCCGCCUUCCUGUCUCGACCCCUCCCUCCUCCCACAGGCCUCGCCCCUCCAUAGAGAUACACCUCGUAGCCAUGACGACGGAGGCAAUCACAGCCGGGUGUUCCUGCGGAGCCACAAGAGCCUGGAGUCUGUGGAUCCUCAGUUCACCAUGAGAAGAAAGAUGGAGCAGCUGCGGGAGGAACUGGAGCUCAUGGAGCAGCUGAGAGAUAGCAUCGAGAGCAGACUGAAGGUCGUCCUUCCUGAAGACCUUGGUUCGUCUCUGAUGGACGGCGUCGUGCUCUGCCAUCUGGCCAAUCACAUUCGCCCGCGCUCUGUCGCCAGCAUCCACGUCCCCUCACCUGCAGUGCCCAAACUCAGCAUGGCCAAGUGUCGGAGGAAUGUGGAGAACUUUCUGGAUGCCUGUAGAAAAAUAGGUGUACCAGAGGACAAACUGUGUCUUCCUCACCACAUCCUGGAGGAGAAAGGCCUGGUCAAAGUGUGCAUCACGGUGCAGGCUCUGGUGGAUGAGGCCUCCCCCAGACACUCUGCCCAGACGUGAGCAGCAAAGAUGGGCGGAGCUUCAACCGACUGACAUGUACCACAGACACACACCCAGAUCAAAUCGCUGAUGUGAUUUCACACAACGCUAAAAAAAGCCUCCGAUCCUUCAUGAACAUAAGUAACAGAGUGUUUUUUUGUUUUGUUUUGUUUUUUAAAAUAGUAUUCAAGGAUAAAAAUGGUGUUAAGGGAACUAAACCCAUCAGAAGUGUAUUAUCUACUAAUUCAUAAGAGGACAGUUUUUUGGACAAUUAAGAUUUUACCAUCGUGCCAAGCCAAGGGUGUGCUAGAAAACUCGAAUUAUCGGGGGGUUUUUUGUUUGUUUGUUUGUUUUAUGUCAUCUUCUUACACUGGUUGGUACCAUACUUUUGAACCAUGAAGACCACUGUGACAGAAAGUGAAAUUGGAUUUUGACAGUAGAACCAGAAAAGUUUGGGGAAAAUAUCACAAAUAACGUGAGAGAAAAGGCUCAAACUUUAGAAAAUGUCAUAAUAAAUUAUACAAAAUAUAGAUUUAUUCUUUUGAAAUAAUGAUUUUAUAAUUCUUCCAUUCAAUUAUUUACCUCAAUUUUCUUUUUUUAAUACAACUUAAUUGGUACAUUCUUUAAAAAAAAAAAAUGCAUCUUUUCUCUCAAAAUCAAUGUUUUCUUUCUCUGACUGUGGCUCUGGUAAUGUGUUGUUUUAAAUCCACGAUUGAACUCUAAAUUGCGAGCGGAUUGGCUGGAGCCAAAGCCUUUAGCGUACUGCAGUCGCACCAACUUCACCAGGUUAUAUCAUGCUGUCUAUGCACACGUUAGCAAAUGAUUUUUAUUAAAUUAUCAGUUAUGUUUCUACAGAUUUUUUUUUUCCUACUGAGGUUUCUGGUGAAGUGUUUUUGGACUGUGUGAGUAAUUAGUGUGUUGCUCUCACUACCCUGAAAAGAAUAAAACCAAAAUACUUUAGUCUUAAUGUAGAGGGAGUCGGCUGAAACCUGCAGUUUGUAUUUAAACACGAAACUAUUUAUAAUAUAAAGAGAUGCAGAGAAAAGCCGCUUGAGUUGUUGUAUACAGUCAAAAAAAAAGAAGGCCAAAAUAUUUUUCUCUAAUAUAUUUUAGGUAUAACUGUAUGUGUUUUAUACAUUUUUAGUAGUAUGACUUUGUGUGGAGCUCAUCCAUGAGGCAGGUCUGAGUGUGCAUUAGUCUGGGGACACUAAUCUGUGUUUCUCAAGCUUCUGAUGGAUUAAAGUCCAGGUGAUUAUUUUGUUACCCUCCAUCCUUUUACGUGUGUUGGUAGUCAGCGCUCACAUAAGGAACCUGGAAACGUUUUCGGACUUGGUCCGUGAAGCUACUACUUAUUGUGGUAUUUGUCAUGAGAUGCAAUUUGCUAAUGUGCCAAAACAUGUGGUGGUAGUGGAACAAAUGAACAAACAAAAGCAAAAACCAGUCAGUGUGUCAAGGGAACAUUAUGCAUCACUGUGGUCAUGGAUGAAUUACUGAACAGGCCUACAGGCACAGCUACAGGGACCCACGGUCAGGGUGGCCCAGCUCAGAGCCCCAAUUUGAAGGGAUCAGCUAAUUUCAUCUGGAACAUUUAAAAAAAAAAGAAAAGAAAACACAGACCCAGGGUGACUACAAAGAGAUAAAAAUCAGCUACAAAAGGUCACAAAACAACCAACGAAAAAAUGGUAAUAACAGUGACUCACCAUAACACCAUAACUACAAAGAGACAAAAAAAGAAUGCAAAGAAACAAAACCAAAAGUACCCACAAAAAGAUAAAAAACAGACUCCUCAUAACUACAAAGAGACAAAAGACAACUACAAAGAGACAUGACUACAACCAGACAAAACAAAAACUACCCGCAAAGAGACACAAAACAGACUCAACAUGACUACAAAGAGACACAAAAUAACAAAAAUCUGCAUCUGUAGAGACUAAGAGAAGGAAAAACAACAGAUGGUCACACCACAACAACAAAGAGACAGAAACUAACCAAACCAAAAAAAACAACCACAAACAAACAAACAAGCUUUAUUUGUCACAUACACACAUCAUACAGAGUACAACAUGCAGUGAAAUGUUUUGUGUCCGAGCUGCGAACAGGCUGCAGACGUAGCUGCGCCAUUCCAGGGCUUGUUUUUUUAGCAUGGGCGGUCUAGCCAGGACCCUUACUGUAUAGUUUGGAGCAGGAUUCGAAAACCAGUGAGACACAACAAGUGACUACAAAGAAACUGCAAAAAACACCACAGAGAAACACUGCACUAAUACACACAAAACGACUUUAAGAGACAAAAAAUAGACAACAUCCAUGAGGACAAACAAACUGACCAAAAAAAAACCCCCCAUUAUAUAUAGACUAGAGGCUCUGGAUGACGUCACUCUCCACUGUAGAAGGGGUCUGUGCCCGGGGCCCUGUUGUUGAGUAAUAUGUCUAUGUCUGAGCUUCAGGCCUCGUAGACCACCCGAAACUGUAUGUGACUUUUAUAUUUCAGGUGAAGUGUGUGUGAAGAUGAGAUUUUCAUGUAGCCAUCACCCUGGCUCAGACAGUCUCAGCUAGUUAAGACUCUUUACCAUUUUUUUUGUUUUUUAACUAAAACACUAUGUUUAAAAAAAACAUCCCUAGGUUUAAAAACUUGAGUCUAAUGAGGUUUUUGCUGCUUAGCAGUCAAUUUGAAGAUGUUAAAAUGAAAUGCUCCUCUGUUGAACAGUUGAGCACAUGAGGGGCUCAUGAGUGAACUGGUUCUACCCUCUGAGGUUUAGGUCAGAGCUGUUGGUGUGUGAGAUCAGAGACUGUGUGACUCAGGGUAGGUUUGGGUUUACUUCACUGUUGGCCCUUCAUUCCACAGCCUGCUAUGUCAACAGUAUCAGUGUGUGUGUGUGGGUAUGAGUGCAUGUGAAAUCAAGGCAGUUGCUGGUUGGUCUUUUGAAACAUGUGGUUGUGCAGACCUGGUUCAGACUGAGAUUUUAAGGGGGUAGUAGGAAGUAUUAUUUUGAAUAACAUUAUUAUGGACUUUGAUCAGCCUCUGCUGUGUGAUUGCAUUUAUACACAACAGUUAUGUUGUACUGUUUGGCAGAUUUACUUAUCAGACAAGUGCUGGACUUGUUUCUGAAACUAAGGUUUAUGCAAUGAAGCAAGUUUAACAAAGCUACUUUUUCUUUGCAUUAGCUGGCUCGGCAAAACCUGAAACCACAGUCAUCACAUAUCACAACACUGGUUAUCAGCGUCCUGGGUUAACACCGGCUGCUUCAGGCUCCAGAUGUGCUAGCAUAAAAGUGAAUGUGGGACACCUGAUUUGACUGUUUUUAUUCACAAAAUAAACCAACCACCUACUGCCUACUGCAGUCUUAUCCAGGAAUGUACAGGAUAUAAAAUAAAUGACCAGUUAGUUAUAUGUUUAGUAUAAGUUACCCUGGUCAUUAGACCAGAUUUUUAAAAAGGGCUGCACUUGAGACAUUCGCUAACCCGUCAAUUUGGCUUUGUAGUGCACAGCCUAAAAACCAGUUAGUCAAGUUUAAGUAUUUAUAAUAUCUGACAGAAUGAAGAAAUGUAGGAGAAGGGUUCACCUUCUGAGAUUCAUUCCAGGCAGAAAAUUCCAAAUCUGUCUUUCUCAGUCUUAGUCCAGGUGAAAAAAAAAUAUUGCACAUCUCUAAGGUAAGAAGUGAAGACUGUACCAGCACAGAGCAGUAACACUGACAAAAGCUUGGUUUAAAAAAAAAUAAAAGGCUGGACUAUAGCGGUGCAGAAAAGUUGAACUGCCAAAACGGUGUUUUAUCAUAAAUCUUCUUACUGCCCCUUUAAAACAAGCAUUACAUUAUGUUUUCCUCCUAAAUGCCAGAAUGUCACCACAUGAAGCGUCUAACACUCUUUAACCAGCAGGCUUGUAUGAAUGAGGGAUUAAGAUUUUUUUUUUUUUUUUUAAUUGUUUGUUGUUGUUUUUUCCUGUGCAGCUUGGAAUCCAAAGCUUGAGCUACUUAAAGAUUCAGCAGUAAUUAGAAAGAACUCCAUAAUAAAUAGAUAAAUGCUUCCACUGGAUAGAUUUGACAGUUGCCAAAACAAACCCUUUUCUCUCCUGUGAUAAAACAUAAAGGAUUUAUUGUAAAUGUGCUGUAUGCCUGUGUACAUAUUAUUUAUCACAAGGAUUUUCUAAUAUUGAAUUUGUUUGUUCAUGUACUGUAUAUUUCACCAUGAAACACUCACAUUAGCAAACAUUAGCACUUGCUCCUCAUAACAAUAAUCUAUACAUUCAUGGGUUUUUUCACCUUUUUUUCCCAACGCUUUGGGCAGCUUGGUGAAAAAAAAAUAAAGAAAAUAAAAAGCUCAGUGUUAUUUUUACCUAGGGAUUACAUUUCGUAAAACAAAAACAGACCAUAAUUUAUUCAUCAAUAAAUCAGUUUUACUGCCACUUAUCUGUGCCACAUGGGCAGCAGCCACCAGCUGCUAGCUUAUCUAGAGGGAGACCGAGGGGUUCCCAGGCCAGUCAAAAGACAUGAUCUCUUAUUUUUGUCCGAUGUCCUAAUCAUCUCAGCUGGUUUACGUUUCUGCAGGGGGAAAAAUUACUCAGAGCGUUUCUGAUUGACUGAGUUCUGUGUUUAAGGGAGAGCCCAGACAUCCAUCAGAGGAACCUCAUUUCUGCUGCUUGUAUCAAUGAUGUUGUUCCUUCAGUUGCUGCCCUGAGUUGAUGAACAGGGUAAGAAUGUAAUCAUUCGUCCCUACAAUGAGUUUUAGCAACUGUGGAUCAGGGUGCCAGUUCCCCUACUGCUCACUUUCAACCAGCCCACAAAGUACUGAAUGGGGUGCCACUCCCUACUGGGAGUGCCAUCACUACUGGGGCCCUACUGCGGCUACAGCCCCUGAACCCCUCUCUCAGUUGAGUUAAUUGGUCUGAUGGCUUCUUCUUCGUAGGGGUGUUUUAAAUCAUUCUUAGCCUGUCACCCUCACCCAGGACCAAUUUGCCUUGGGAUGACCCUACCUGAGAUCACACAGGCAUGCAUACCCCUCCACCCCGCAAUAAGUUGUUGAUUCAUGCAGGGAAACAUGCUUAUUACAUUCUUAAUAUCAAUGUAAUAAAUAAUAAAUAUAACACAGUACAGUGAGAAAACUACCACUAUGAGGAUUAGCAUGUCGGCUUUAGCUGUGACAUAAGUAACAGAGCCGGAUGAUUCCAGUUUGCUUAUUUUGAAUCUGUGUCUGCAUUUCUUCACAUAAUCAUGCCGUUUUCCACAGAUGUGUGCACAUCAUGUCACAGCGUUUUGGGAAAAAGCAAUAAAACCAAACUGGCUGCUUCCCCGACAGAAUCUGCACUUUAAACUUGUAUUUAUAUCUUUGUUUUGGCAACUGAGCAAAUCUGAAGUCACCUUUGAAAAUGAGAUGGAGAGUUAAAGGGCCAGUGUGGUGGGGUUUACCGGGAGCUAUUAGUAGAAAUGUAAUAUUUACUUGUGUUAUUAUAGGUGUAUGAUCACCAUCAAGUGUGAGAUCAGAAGGAACAAACCAAACACUGUCUCUUAAGAGGGCUAAAGAGUGGCGAUGCCACUAAUUCCUACACACUGAUCCUUUAAGGUUCCAAACGUGACGCUGUUGUAAAAUAUGUAAAUGUGUGCCUGCUGAACCUAAAGCAGUGUUUUUUUGUUUUAAUGUUUCAUCUUUUGUACAAAUCUUUUGUCCAGAAACAGCCUGUACUCACAUUUUUGUACUUUGACUGGGAGCACAUUUAUUUUUUAUGUGACUUAUUUUCAGGUUUGUUGAAAUUUGGAUGUAAUAUACCCUUUUGUAACACUUUGUGAACCUUUGUGUAAUUUUUGUUGUACAGCAACUCAAAUCUACAUGCAUGAAUAGUCCCUGUAACGUCGCCUUAACUGCUGUGAAUACUGUAUAUACUGUACUGUAUUUCACUUUAUCAGUAAAGACCUCACCUGAAACAAAA